AUGCCGAGCGUACAACUCAAGGUCGAACGGCAAGGGGUGAGCAAGGAGCUCUCCGAACCUCUGCCUGAGCCGAAACCAUUCGAGGGUUUGAAGGGAAUCAGAAGUCUCGCUGGGGACCUUGGCAGUCAACGCGUCAAAGACAAAGUGAUCAUCGUUACUGGUGCAAACUCCGAAAUAGGCAUCGGCCGCGCAAGCGCACACCAAUUCGCACGUAACGGCGCCCGCGCAAUCUACGUUUGCGACUUCGCCGAUUCUAACCUCGAGACACACAAGCGCGAGCUCAACAACCUAUACCCGUUGACCGAGAUCCACACCCGGCAAUUCGAUGCCGCAGACGAAGCGUCAGUACAGAAGGUCUGCCAGGAAGCUCUAGACACCUACGGCCGUCUCGAUGUCUUCUUCGCCAACGCAGGAAUAUCGUCCGGCAAGGUGUUCUGGGAAGAGUCGGUAGAAGGCUUCAUGAACGUGUUGCGCACAAACGCUCUCUCCGUUUUUCUCGCUGCGAAACACGCAUCUCGCGCUAUGCUCAAGACUUCGAAUCAGAAACCAUACCCGAGCGGCAGCAUCAUCGCUACGGCGAGUGUAGCAGGUCUCCGAUCCAACGCCGGUCCCACGGAUUACUCCGCUUCAAAGGCUGCAGUGAUCAGUCUGAUGCAGACGUGCGCGUAUCAACUUGCUGGCUCGGGUAUAAGGUGUAAUGCUGUUUGCCCAGGCCUCAUCGAAACUGGUAUGACUAGGGUGACAUACGACGCGGCGAGGAAGAGGGGGAGUGAGAAGAAGAUUGGGCAGCUGAACCCGCUUCAGAGGGGAGGGCAGCCGGAUGAAAUCGCGAGGGCGGUACUGUUCUUGGCAAGUGAUGAGGCUAGCUAUGUUAAUGCGCAGGCUUGGGCAGUGGAUGGGGGGUUGAGUGGGGGAUUACCGUUUGUGCCAGGAAAACUGGCAUAG